AAAUGAAGUUCCAUCUGAAGAUGCCCUAAUACUACAACUGCACCUUGCAAAAGGGCAUGAGAAAUUUACUGAAAUGCUAAAAAGCCAACAGCAGAUCAUUGUCGAUUUGCAGCAAAAACUUGCUGAGCAGCAGCAUGUACUGGUUAGACAGCAACAGGAGAUUCUUGAACAGCAAAGAAAAAUGUAUGAGCAAAUGGAUUUGAUCAAAGUCCAGUAUGGCAUGCUUUUUGAUACGGUGAAACAAGUGUCAUUUCAGAGUUUGCAAGAAGAUAUUCAAAAUUAUUUUGAAAGUCAUCUUCAAGGACUUCAGAACCAGGUCAGAAAUCAUCUCCAGAAGUCAUACUCUGUGCAUAAAGUGGAAGUGGAUGCAAAAGUGAUUAAUGUUGGGGAGUCUUUGCUGGACUGUGGCCUUUGUGAAAGUGAUGAAUUUUGCAAUUUCCAAAAGACACCUUCACAAUGUGAGAAAUGCACAUUGUGUCCUGCUGGUUUUUUCCAAAUGUCCGAGUGUUCUGCAAACUCUGAUCGGAUUUGCCAGGACAGAGAUGAAUGCACUGAAUCUCCAAGCAUUUGUGGUGAGAGGAUAAAAUGCCUGAAUACUCCAGGUGGUUUCCGAUGCCUUGGAGUUGCUGAGAAAGAUGCAGCUUUGGGAAUGUGUGGAGACGACUAUUUCUUUAAUAAGGAAAUGCAGGAAUGCCAAGCGUGUUUAAAAUGUGAAGAUGGAAUGGUGGCCAUGCCCUGUUCCACUGUCAGUGAUACUGUUUGUUCAGCAACCGGUGAAAACAAGCUCUCAGAGUCUUGGGCUGCAAAUAUUAUUCUACCCUCUGUGAAGUCUGGCAUCUCUCAGGUCUACUCUGGCUUGAACUUGAAGAUAAAGGGAAAGCUUCCCUGUGAAAUCCUAUCUGUUGAAGAUGGCAGCCUGGUAUUCAGGCAACAUGGUCUGUUGUGGACUGACCUAAACUUUGCAGUAAAGCACAGCUGCAGGAAUUUUUUGCAACUUUCCCUAAAGCUCAAUGGCAGCGAGGAAGGCUAUGAACUGAGUGGUGUUCGGAUUGAACAGCCAGAAGGAAAGUAUUUCCAGAGCACUAGUUUGAGCAGUGCUGCUGAAGUGGAGCCCAGCCAAACUCUUUCUGUGUAUCUGAGGAGCCCAAAUCAAUUCUGCAAUCAAAGCAAAGACUUAAAUAUUUAUGAUCUUAUUACCCCACUCAGUUUGUUUUGGUUGUCCCAUGACACAGGUGCUGUAGCACUCAGUGCACAGAUGUCAACAGCAAUGCAUUACCAAACAAAUUAUCGACCUACCUUUAAAAUAAUUUCUGUUUCUGACCCUUACAUGCUAAGUUUAUCUCAUGAUGGCAGAGCUAUAAAGUUCACUGAAACCGGUGUUGUCAAAUUUGUAUUUCACCAGGCGUUGUAUUCCAUGGGUCAUACAUGUGUCCGGGAGGGUUUCUCCUUAAUUUCUUAUAUCAAUAGGAAUGGUACCAACAGAGAGCUAAUGAAUGUAUUUAAAUCCGGGGUAAAUUACAGAGACACGUCGAUAUCUGCCUCUGGGGCCACGAAAGUUGGUGCUGGAGAUCUGAUUAGCUUUGAGAUACUUUCUCCUGCACAGUGUAAUGUUCGGUAUUUUGGAGAUAGUUCUGGAAUUAGUAUGUUUAGCCUCAUUUGGAUCCCUUCAGCAGUUUCUAGUGCCAUAUCAGCCACAGUUUCUGUUACAGGUCUGCCUACUGGAGCUGUGAGAAACAAAUUACUGGAUUUCACCCAGGUCUCAUCCAAUGAGAAACAGAUACAGCUGAUUUCUUCUGGACAGCUUGCUCAGAAGUAUUUUAUUUUUACUGAAAAGGGAGUUGCCAGCCUUACAUUUAACUUAAAGCUAAUCCACUCAUGCAAUGCACUCAAAAUGACUCUCAAUCAGUUGACCAUGGAUCACAUGCAACCCACAGCAAUUGCUCAGCAGAUUGGAGGUCAGAUGCCAGAGGGAAGCAUAUGGACCAGUGUGUCCCUCCGUGCAUCUUUUGGAGUACGUAAUGGAACACUGAUAUCAGUUUCUCUUGACUGUGUGCGUGGAAGGAUCAAUCAGAUCACUCAUGAACAUGGAACCAGUAUGUCUAUUUUAUGGAUUUCAUCUUAAUUCUGUGCAAUGAAGUCAGCACAGAAUUGGGGGUUAAAUUGUAUUUGUAUUCUAUAUCUAUUUGACACUGUAUACUAUGUUGACAUGAGCUGAUCAUCCUGCCAAAAUGCUCCCAAUUUUAGGAGUAUUUAAGUAUAAUCUGAAUUGAAUGAUCAGUGUUUAAAGAAAACACAAGCUUUCAGUGUUCCAAGAUUUUAAUUCUGUUAACAUCCUCAGGCAGGGGAACCUUGAAUUCGGAUCAAACUCUCUUAUUUUUAAUAAAGCCAUCCCUUAAAAUUGGUUAUUUCUGGACCACAAAAAAUUGCAGGUAAGGGUAAAUACAUUUUAGUACUGUAACCAAAAGCAGCACAGCCAAUGGAAACCUGCUUUCAGCUUCUUCUCUCAACAGGCUAAUAAUAAGACUAAAUGCACUUUGAGUCUAAUUUGUCUACAUUUUACAAAAUGUGCUUUCUAUAAAUGGAGAGAACAUGCCUCAAACUAGAGGUGAUGAUAUGGCAACACUGGAGUACACAUUCUUAAUAUUAUAGAAAUUGACUGGGUUGAAAAUAGAAUAUUAUAACAAAAAGAGUGGAACUAAUAACUGUUCUAAUUUAAUUUUGAAAUAAUCUGCAUUUAAAUUACUGGGAAGGCUUUUCCCCGUUUUUACUUUUGCCUGUGAAAAGUUGCAGGAAGAGAAGGAAGUGUAUCCUAAAAAGUAAGAGUGGGUAGGCAAAAAUAAAUAAGUACUAAAGGAAUGUAUUGAAAGUAAGACUUUUGAAAAUUAGGCAAAUUUUUAUUCGAUUUCUUAUAAGUAACAAAAUAUUUUUCUGACCCAAAAGGAACACUAUUCACAAAGCCUAUUUAUUUUGCUGAACAGAUGCUGAAUUUAAAAAGGUGGGUUUUUUUGUUAAAUCCCUCAGUUAAUUCAAAGAAAAUGUGUAUUCAUUGACACUAAUUUUUGUCUUCUUCCAACCUUUCCAUCAAAUUAUUCUUAUUUUUUUCUUAUCUAUGUGAAGUGUUUUGUCCCAUUUUCUCCUUUCUCCUCCACAGAUGCUGCUUCACUCUCCUUUCUCAUUCCUUUUAUUAGGGGUAAAUGGCAUGCCUUGCCACAUUUCUUCCCAGCUUUCUUUCAGCAUUCCUACAAAAGGAUAGAUAUUUGUGUUACAAAUGUAAUUAUAGAAGAGGGACCUUAACAAUGCACUUUCAGGCUGCUUAAAUCAACCUUACUGAAAAGGAAUAUUAUGCACGAUAUACCUUUAAUAUAAAUGUCUGCCUGAGUAUGUGUAUCUAAAAUAUACAUUUGCUCUUCAUUUGUUUUUGAGCUUGUCACACUAUUUUGCUGCAUAGCCUUCUGCUAUAAUUUUCUGUAACAGAAUGAACCCAAUUGCAAGUCCUCUAUCUGGUGGUUGUUUUUACUUGUAACGUUAAUAACUGUGUCCUUAACACCUGAAUUUAUCUUUCCAUCAUCCUUUUUUAUUCAUCAAGAGUGUCCUCAAGGAUGGAGGCUUUGGACAAACUGCUCUCCUGCUCCAAAUAAAGAACAGUAGUUUUUCUUGCUUUCAGCUGCGAAAUCUAAGCAGUCCAUUACAAGACACCUCACUGGGCAUUGUGUUGCAGCCAGCACAAGUACACAAACCAGUCAUCCUGGUGUCCCCAAAUCUCUCUUGUGACAGAGAUCUCAGUGCCUGUUUGUAGCCAGGGUCUCAUUUGUUCUCAGAAGGUCGUAAGGAAGGAUGAAUUAAAACUACCAUUAAAGGUGUUCAACAUUUGAAAAAUACUGUUAUGGGGGAUAUUUUGUAGUAAUAGAGACAGACUUUGGGGAAUGAAAACGUGUAUCUGUUGUGUGCAGAAGAGCUGCAUUACUUAGGAGCAGAGCAGCUUUUCUAGGUACUUCACUCUGGAAGCCUACUGAGACUAAACAAAGAUGAAAUGGCACAGGAGUUAAAAGUUUUCUGACAUACCCAUCUGCUUUCUAUAGAAGGGUGCAUGUGAUGUAAGAGGACCUCUGCAGAGAGCAGACCUGGAUAUUUCUAAGGUAAGAGUUCAGGGGAAGACAAUGUUAGAGAAACCUAGAAAUUAUGUACUUAUGUUUUUGUUUCAGAGGAAGUUAAGAAAGUCACUUUCUUACAAACAGAACCCCUUAUUUUCCUUUCUGUUUUGUGCUAUGCAGUUGUGUUGAAGGCUGUUGCUUCCCUAAGAGUCAUUCCGGAUUUAAACCUGUGUAGCACAUAUCAGAAUGUGGUGUUAAACAUAAGCUGGUACAUCUUUAGCAAAGUGCAGAUGUUACUUGAAUGUAAUAAACAUUUGCCUAUAUAUAGCAUAUAGCAAAUCUAAUGGCAUGAUUUGUAUGAGUAUGCUUUAUUUGAGUGAGAUUGUGAGAUCAGUGGAAUUGCUUGAACAGGGAAGAGAAUGAUGCUCCAAUCCUGUAUUAUGCACGUGGUGGUACUUACAUUGAAGUGCACCAUUAUUAAAUGAUGCAGAAACUAUGAGGAAGGUACAAGUGAACAUUAUUACAGCUAAGAGAGGUUCCAGAGUGUGAAUUCUUCAAUGCAGUAAAUGUUCUUGGAGGACUCUGUUGGGAAUGCCCAGAAUUGCCCUUAAAUUCAGAGUAGACUUUUAGAUGCACAGUGGCAGAAACACAGUAUUUUGCAUCCAUCUGGUAGUGAUAAUGCAUCUGAUAAUAUUUUACUCAUCUGUAAUAAGGCCCUCAAAUGACAAAAAAGAGCAUCUCUCCCUUUCAAAAAAAGGAAAUGCCUGAAUCUGUAGUUGAGGUCACUCACUGACCAUGGUUAUAGCAACAGGAAUUUGAAGUGAAUGUGUUGGAAUCAGUGUGGAUUUAGGAUAGCCUAAUUAAGGGCAUAGUAUAUAGCCUCUGCAUCUAUGAAAAUGAUAUAUAUUGCCUCAUACCAUGCAAAGUUAAGUGGUGCACUAUGAUCCUGAAUAAGAUAAAGUUCAAGAGGAAUCAAUGCAAAAUGAAUGUUCCUUUUAUGGCGCUUAUCCCAUUUGCUGUCAUAAAUUGCAUGUCUUAUUGACAAGUAUAUCUUACUAAUUAUAUUUACAACUUUAGAACUUUUAAAUUAAUUUUUUCCCAUAUGGUUUCUUUCUGUUAAUAGCACAAUAUAGUACUGUGAAGUACAGAAUGCAUUUAAAAACUUUUCUUUUGCAUCUUUUCAUACCAACCACAUUUAUGAAUAUGGUUAAAAUAGCUGCAGACAGUCUCUCCAAUCCUUUCUGCUAGAGAGUGUUUCCAGAGGAAGUAUUCAUAAAGUAACAGAGUAAGUAUGAGUCUGGUAGAAUCUAGCUGUACAGAAGGAGUUUAAGUUAAUACAUCCAGGAAGGCAGGUGGUUAUUUCAUUGCAUUCUGCAGAUAAUGGGCAACCUGUUGUUAUAGAAAACAUGACCAUUACAGAAGGAAAAUAAUUUAGGUGGUAUAGUGCUACUCAUUCAAUAGGAAAAAGGAUUUGGCUUACAAAAACCUGAAUUAUUUUGUAUUGUGAAACAUUUUGCAAGUUCAAAGAUUUUACCUGAAUAUAUUUUAUUACCUAUGCAUUUUUUUAUGCUUUCUGUGAAGUCAAAACUGGGCAGAAUUUGUUAAGUUUAUUCCAAUAUUUUAGAUGUUCCUCUGUUCUCUGCAGAUUGCAGUACACUGUGAAACCUACACUAGUUUCAAAUGGUGCUUUUUAUGAAAUUUCCUAUUUUGAAAUAUUGCCUUGUUUUAAAAAGACUGUUUAGAUACUUGCCUCAGUUAAUAGUGUAUUGUAAUAUGUUUUAAGAGAACUUUACUGAAAUAAAUAAAAUGA